CUUUUGUAUUAAGAAAAGAAUAUACCAAAGUGUGAACCAUCUAAACAAACAUUCCCAUUAAUCCACCUUACUAAGUAACCUAAAGGCUAAAAUGCACAAAAACGUUGCGCUUCUACCAAGCAAUCUUCCACAACACAAAACGUAACAAAACUCCAUAACUAUAUUUGGCGCCAUCCUCUUACUUCCCAAUUCCCAAAUAAUCCCUUAUCCCCCACCAUUUUUCUUCGAUUUCUGUUUUCUUUCAAGUCUGGAAACUUCAAAUUUGUUCAUCAAUGGCGGAACAAAGAUCAGAAAUUGCAUUCUUUGAUUUAGAAACUACUGUACCGACUAAACAAGGUCAAGGUUUUGCUAUCCUUGAAUUUGGAGCCAUUUUAGUUUGCCCUAGAAAACUUGUUGAACUCGAGAGCUACUCCACUCUGAUUUGCCCUAAAGAUCUUUCUCUUAUCUCCACUAAAUCUGAACGAUGUAACGGAAUUUCGCGUGCUGCUGUUUCAGUCGCUCCUCCGUUUUCCUUCGUCGCCGAUAAAGUCUUCGACAUUCUUAAUGGGAGGAUUUGGGCUGGGCAUAAUAUAUUGAGAUUUGAUUGUCCGCGAAUCAGGGAAGCUUUUGCGGAAAUAGGUCGUCCUUCGCCGGAGCCGAAAGGCAUAAUUGAUUCUUUCGCUUUACUUACUGAAAGAUUUGGUCGUCGUGCUGGUAAUAUGAAGAUGGCUACUCUUGCCACGUAUUUUGGAUUGGGACCGCAAACUCACAGGAGUUUAGAUGAUGUACGCAUGAAUCUUGACGUUCUCAAGCAUUGCGCAACUGUUCUCUUCUUGGAGUCUAGUCUUCCAGAUAUUCUUGCAAGUGAUAGUUGGGUUUCUCCAACUUCUGCUAGAGUCACUCAUAGUGGCGGAAGGGUUCUGCCAAUGUCUAUGAGCUACUCUCCUGACUUAGAUACCAGCUCUGCAAACCAUUCAAAUCAAACCUUGGGGGAGCAGAUUCUCAAUUUUGUUAAGCCCAGUAGACCUGGAACAGAAUCUUUCAAUAUGACGAGGUUUUCUGAGGAAAUAAUGGAUGAUGCCAUCCAAGUAGAUAAUGGAGCAGAAGAAAGGCCUUUAACUGAACCUUCAGAGGCUCGCUCACUGACUAUAGCUGAGGGUAGCAACAGUUUGUCCGACUUCAUAACUCCCGAUGAUGUUUCUAUUACUUCUAUCAGUGCAGCUCUUGCUCCAUCCUAUAAUUGCAACCGCAGGGUGCAAAUACUGCAUAACAGCAACGUACUGAAGCUUCACUGUAAUAACCUGAAAGUGCGAUUUGGUAUUUCAACGAAGUUUGUUGAUCAAGCAGGCCGCCCUAGGUUAAGCUUUGUGGUGGAUGCUCCUCCAAGCCUAUGUCAAGUUCUGGAUGUGUGUGAUAAUCAUGCACAAAGCUUGUUUAAGGAGUCUGGUAGCAUGUCUGAUUGGAGGCCCAUCGUUACCAGAAAGAAUGGAUAUUUGAAUUCCCCUACUCUACGGCUCCAUAUACCCACAGUUGUAACUGGGAACGUUGCCAAAUAUGGCACCGAAAUGUUCCAGAAAGAAGCAGCUUCAGGUGCUGAACAAAAACUCGUAUUCAGCAAAUUUGAUGCUGCAGAACUUGAAAGCUUAAUUGUAGCCAGGACUUCCAUUGACGUGUUCUUUACCUUCGAUCAAUAUGAUUACCAGCAGAACGCAGGGGUCCGAUUAGUAGCGAUCAAGCUGGUUAUCUGUUCUACGUGACAGUGCUGUUCUUACCACGUUUGUUUGACAACGAAAAUCAAGGAUACAUCCUUAUUAUACUGGAAUAGAAUGUGCAGGGGAAGGUAGGGUUUAAAAUGAUAGGUUUGGAUGUUGUAGGAGUUAAUAUGAUGGUAAUUGUAUUUUCUUCUUAUUUAUAUGCUAACCCUACAUUCUUUUCCAUAUGUAAUCUGUAAUAUUAUUGAUGUUUAAUAUAUUUAUCUAAUCAUUGUUUGGUA